ACAGCUGUCACAGGACCUGGCAACCUCUCACAGCUCCUCCACUAUAAACAAGCGGAGCAACGUGCUAACGAGCUAACAGGCUAACCUCCUCCUCCUCCUCCUCCUCAGCACCUCCUCCUCAGCACCUCCUCACCUCCUCCUAAGUCACCUGGUUCACCUGUCUGUCCAUUUGUCCCCCCUCACAGCCUGAUAUUACAGACAAUGCCCUGACCGAUGGACCAAAAAAAGGUAGAUCAUGAAUGACAAACUAGUCUUCCUGGGCCUGCUGUACUUCGUCCAGGGCAUCCCCUACGGUCUCCAGUCCUCCCUGCUUCCUGUCUACCUGCGUGGAGCCGGUCACUCCCUCACCCGCAUCGGCUUCACCAAGGUCCUCUACUUCCCCUGGGUCCUCAAAGUGCUCUGGGCUCCUCUGGUGGACCGGGUUGGCACCAAGCGUCGCUGGCUGGUGGGGACCGUCUCUGGGCUGGCUCUGACAUGCCUCUCCAGCGCCACCCUGGCUCCAGAAGCACAUAUCUGGGGGGUAGCGGGAACUCUGUUGGCCAUGAACAGCCUGGCAUCCGUCCAGGAUAUCGCUGUAGACGGGGCGGCGGUGGGGUUGCUGAAAGGUCGCGGGGAGCUGGGGCUCGGCAACACGGCCCAAGUCGUGGGCUAUAAAGCCGGGUCUGUGUUUGCGGGAGGCGGGCUGCUGGCUGUGAUCGACGUGGCGGGAUGGAGCUGGAUGUUCAUGCUGCUGACGUUCGUGUACGCAGGCGUGGCCCUGUUCGUGUGGGGGGCCCCCGUGCUGGACGAUGAGAGCGUGAGGGGCCAGCAGCCGGACGGCAGCAGGAGGGGAGGGCAGGGAGCUGACGCCGUGAGGCCGUGGAGGGUGUGGAGGAAGCUGCUGGCCGUGCCCGGCACGCCAUGGACCGUCCUGUAUGUGCUGACAUACAAACUGGGUGAGCAGGGUGCGGUCACCAUGUUUCCUCUCUUCCUGUUGGAUCAUCACAUGACCGCCAGGGAGCUCGGCUUCUGGAACGGCGUCAUCGCCAUGGGCUUCUCCAUCUGUGGGUCGUCUCUGGGAGGCCUGCUGCUCGCUCAGUUCAGCAUCGGGGCUCUGAUGCGACGCGUGUUCGUGUUGCGGACCAUCAGCAUGGUCUUCCAGAGCUCGCUACUCACCGUACUGGAACCAUCACCGCUCAUGAAAGGUAUGGCCGUCCUGAGCAUGAGCGUUCAACACUUCCUGGGCGGCCUCAUCACCACGCUCACCUUCACGACCAUGAUGCACUGCACUCAGAGGGCCGAGGAAAGCAUUCAGGCGACCCACUACAGUUUCCUGGCGACUCUGGAGGUUCUGGGGAAGCUGACGUUCAGCGCCCUGGCCGGAGGCGUGGUGGACUGGUUCGGUUUCCAAGUGGCCUUCCUCUUCUUCCUCACGCUGUCCGCCGGGACGGCCCUGCACGUGUGGACGGCCACCUUCACUGGUGCUCUCAGGGAACACCAGCUCAAAGAACAGCCCAAGUGAGAUCAGGACCGGGGGGUGAAAAGGUCCUGACGUAGGGCGGCGGGGAAGUCCUCCAAUCACAUUAAAUAUAACACUCACGACUUCAGCAAAUCAUAAAAUCUUGAAUAAGUUGACUUUCUUGUUCUGCCAUGUUUAAAAGGAGAAAUCAGCCAUGCGGUUAAGUGCUCUGCUCAAACACUGGCCUUACGUUGUGUUUCCGUUGGACAAGUCUUAAUAUUUACAGCGUGACAGAUGAGGACUGUAUCUGUGUGAUGAAUCGACGUGUGCUGGGCAGUCACAGCUGUUUUUUUGUUUGUUUUAAUCAUCUGAGCCAUUUUAAUGUUUUAUUAAGCCAGCAAUAAGAGCUGUAGCCAAAAGCAAUAUCGCUCCUUCCUGUCAUAUUGUACUGCGUGUGAAUAUGUUAAGUGGUUAUCCUGAGUUUGUAUGGUUUACAGGAUCUCUACUACCUCGUAUCAGCACUGUACGGCACGAUACACGUGAGGUGAAUGCACAGUGGCUGCAGCAGGUAGAGUAAACGCUCAUUCUAAGUUAGAAACAAUAGGUUUGUAGUCAUCAGGGGUGGGCGGACGACAUCCUGAUCACACGAGCUUCCUUCUUACGAGUUACACAUAACAACACACAGCAGCAGCUGAUAUCACUGCCUAGUCCAGCAGCAGUCAGCCCAGCUCGGCGUCUGUCUUUCAGCCUUUUAUUUCACCAAGCUCUCACCAACCACUAAAAGUCAGUCC